UCAGGGUCCACCCAGGGUCGGAACAAGUAACGAUCCGCACCGCGCACUCGAUCCCGAGCCCGGGUCUAGCGACACGAGGCCAGGAACUCCAACAGCCUCAUGCAUCGUGAGAUUAUGACUUCAUUGCUCGUGGGGCGUCGGAGUGUCCCCUCCGGCCGGCGUCCGUUCUGAGCGGCAUCGCGAUGCGGCCUGAUUGGAAGACGCAAGCCAAGCUCCCCUCCGAGCUCCUCCUUCCAGCCCCGUGUCUGCCGCACGGCUCGCGCCGUUGGGUGGUCGUUUACUGCUUCGAGAGUGUGCGCGCUCGAGCAGCUUCUGGACCUUUUGCGACGCAGCUGCGCUGUGGCAACCUUGUCGGGGGCGGCAGAGUGCAGUGUUCUAGCUUCCGUGUGCUGGUCGCGCACGCAAGACGGCAGCGCAUUCGGGGGCGCGUUCGAGAUCACGAUCACCGAUUGCUGGGGCACUUUGCGAUGAGUGCCCUUUCUGGAUCAAUUUUUGGCGGCGCAGGUGUUACAGAAACGAGGCUCAUCGGUCGAUGCAUGCACGGUCCCGGUUCUAGCCCAAGUCAAAAGUCAUUUUCCUUGCGCGCCUGCCGAUCCUUAGAGCAGCUCUUGGCGGCAUGCAGGGUCUGGGGGAUCGGAUCUCUCGAUGCUCUUCGAUUUCCAUAACCAACCACCAUGUGUGGACACGCAGUCUACCCUCAUGCCCGCCGCUCCGGCGCUUCGUUCCCCCUACUCUUUGACCGCAGUCGUAACUCGUGCCUCCGCGCUGCAUCUGACUUGUGUAUUGCCAUCCUCCACGCACUCCGCAGCCCGGUUCCGAGCAGUAUCAACUUAGACCUCACUGCUCGGCCAAC